AUGGUCUGUGCAUCUCCCAACCUGAUCGGAACCUCGUUCCUCGAGGAGCCUCGCGACCUGCAGGUGCGGCUAUUGGACAGCAACCGCGUCGCAACAAUCCCAAAGAUGACAUACCGGGGCUCCUUGCCUUCGGGGCAGGCCUUCAGUGGCCAGCAGCACGUCCCCCAACCCUACCACGAUCCCUACGGCAAUAGCAAUGGCAAUGGCGGCGGGAGUGGGAAUGGCCAGAACCAAAACUACGCGAACGCUGCAUACGGCAGUCACGGCCAAGUUCAACCGAUUCACGGCAGUUACCACCAUCAACCGCCUGCCCAAGCUCCGACUCCUAUACUUCCUGCGCCUACGCCGAUGAAUAUGCAGGCGAACGGAUAUGGGCAGUUCCCUGCGUAUGGCGGCACCUUCCCGCAGCAGCAACAACAGCAGCAGCCGCAAUACCCCCACCAUCACCAACUCCAGCAGCCCUUUCCUCACGGGAACACGAUGAACGUACAGUUUGCGCCUCCUCAUUCGCCCUUUGUUCAAACCACACACGCCUCUCGUUCUCCUGCGCUUGCGCCUGCACCGACACCGACACCGACGCCGCCAAUUUACGCUGAGUAUCAGCCAACGCAGCAGCCGCAGCAGCCGCAACAUCAACCGCAAUUUCAACCUCACUUCCAGCAACAGCCUCAGCCGCCGCCUCAAACACCGCAGCAGCUGCAGCAGCUACAGCAACAGCGUAGCCCCCAAGUCUUUCCGGCGGUACCGCAAUAUGCUCAGUUCUCUCAGCCGCCCAUGGGUCAAUCUCAGGCCGUGCCAGUCCUGAAUCAGACUUUCGCAGAGCCUUCUCCAGUUCAACCGAGUCCCGAGCCUCACUUCACAAACUCGCCAACUGUACAGCCGGCACGAUCACCUAGCAUAGCUAGAAAGUCACCUGCGAUAUCCUCGAUGAACUCUCCGGCCAUAUCUUCUAGAGGCUCUCCCGCCUUAUCAACGAAAGCAAGGUCUUACGACACGACGACGAUCCUUGUUCACGUGGCAGAAGAGUGUUUCGAGAAGGCGCGCCGUGGUGUACAAAGAGUAGCGGUAUCUGGAUCAGACGAGCAACUACGCGAGUACCAAAAGUUGAUUACAACUGGUCUGGCCUGUCUCGAGGCUGCAUUCCAAAGCAAUCGUUUGUCUCCAAGACAAGAGGCGAAAGCAAGAUUGAGAUAUGCGUCUAUAUUGUGUGAUGAGACUGAGAAUCUUCAAGAGGCAGAAACAGCCCUGAGCAAGGGCAUCACUAUCUGCGACAAGCAUAGAUACGCCGAUCUCAAGUACUGUAUGCAAUAUCUUCUGCUUAAGGUGCUUUUUCAGAGGAACCAGAAGGCAGCAUUCAUCGCCGUUGACAAAAACAUUGCGGACUGUCUCACGUUCAAACAUAUACACUGGGUUUACGCCUUUCGUCUGUUGAAGGCUACGUUCCAUGUCCAUGCGGGUAGUCCACCCGAUGCGGCAGUGCUGGACAACUUGCGCGCUAUUGCCGUUUUAGCGGGCGAGCGAGGGGAUAACGCCAUGGUUGUCUUCGCCUCCCUCUUGGAAGGCUUGUCGGUGCUGAGGAACAUGCGCCCUGACACCAUCGAACGAGUGCAAACUUGUCUGGCGCAAGCCACCAAGUUCCAACUGGAUCCCUCCGUUCAGAUUCCGCAGCUGGAUGUUUUGAUGCUGUUGCUCGACCUUGCGUGUAGCAUGCACCAGAAAACGCCCGAUAUCUUGAUUCACAAACUGAGAACACUUCAAGCAAAGCUUGAUGCAAACUUAGGAUCCCAAACAUGGACCGAUCUAAACCCCGAGAUCUUGAUCCCUGUCAAGAAGCACAACUCAACCUCGGCAACCCUCAGCGAUGAUACCUCUGCAAUCCUCCGAUCUGGGCCAACAAACGGGCAACACGACUACAUUGUUAUGACUUUCCUGAACCGGCUGGAGAUUAUAGUAUUGACCUAUACGUUCAGUGGUUUAGCCGGCAUGUAUCGCCCUGGUUCGGAUCCUAAGAGGAGUCACGAAUUCUGGAAGGAGGGAUUCGAUGUAUUGGCAAAAUGGAACAAGGAGAUAGCCCCCAGUGUUCCUGCAGCAUCCCUACGCGAGUCGAUGGAGCAGGCUAAAUGGAGGACCGAAAUCUUCUGUUACUUGCAAGCUCUGACGGGGCUGUACUUUGCAACGCACAGUCAAUGGCCAAAAGUCGAACAGUGCGUGGCACAACUGCAGCAGGCUAUCACACCAGCUGUGAACGAAAUCUUUAGCGUAUUCUCGCUAUACCUCUCCGGGGUCUAUCAUCAAGGCACCGGCGAUUUGGAGACUGCUCUGUUGUUGUUCGAAGACGAGAGGUUGAGUAUCGAUGCAGGUCGUGGGGGUUCAGGUGGCAGAAAGCCUGCUAAGCUGGAGCUGUGCGUUCUUGCUGCGCUGAACCGUAUCUGGAUUCUUCAAGAUUCAUCUUACCGCGACGAGAUGACAUCUACUGAGCUAUUGGACCAGUUGCGGCCGAUGUGUACGGAACACCAAGAUCCGGACAUCCGUACCGCCUUCAAUCUCGUACAGGCAACGGCUCAGACGAUGCCCCCGCCAUCUAUGCACCAAAUCAAAACGAGUAUAACGAACUCGUUGAAUGGGUCUCGGGUGACAGGUAACACGCACUGUCUGGCGAUAGCCCUCAGCAUCAUGCGGUCCAGACUUUUCGAUAAUGUAGUGGGCGAACAAGCUCUGAAAAGCGCAAGGGCAGCCUCGACACAGGCGAAGCGGAGUGGAAACUUGCUUUGGAUGAGUGUGGCGGACGGUAUGCUGGCGGAUUCUUUUGAAGUCCAAGCACUCUUUGCAGACGCCGAAGCAGCGCGGCAGACAGCCACGGACUAUGCUGGGUUCGGGCUCAGCGUGGAUCAUGUUUUCACGGCAUUAUGGACUGGCGUCUGCCUAUCAGCAGCUACUACCUCGAUUCCUCUCGUGAUUUACAUCAAGCUCGCCAACAUCGAAGUAUGGCAAGCGACCAAGAUAGUGUUUUUUACUGCCUUCUUAACUGCCCGAGGCAUGCGAUCUGCGCAUGCACGGACCAAGAUUCCUUUGGACCCUGCCCACUUCAAACUCCCCGUCAACGUCCAAGGCUACAAAUCGUCACCUUUUUCUCUCAAUGCUUCGUGCAAACACCCUGCGCCUUCAAAGGGUGGGAAACUCCUACGUUUGUGCGUCCUGCCGGCCCUGCCUUUCAGCACCAUGUCGGACGCGACCCUCUUUCUUCCAGACCACUCCCCUGGCCCAAAAGACGAUGCAGAACACAGCAACGAUGCAAUACCCGACGCCGAGGUCAAUAUUAUGAAAGAUGCCCAGGUCAAGGCUAAGAGCGGCUUGGAACCUAGGAGCAAAGAGAAACGUAAGAGCAAUACGGAACCUCGGAGCGAUGCGAAACCUCAGAGCGACACGAAGCUCAGGGGUGGACGAACGGCAAAGUCAAUGAAGCCGACACCCAAGAAAACUUCCCCUAAAGCUCAAUCGAGGGCUGGGGCGCCUUCAAGCAGGAAGACGUCAGCCAAACAAGGAAAGCCCACCGAUAGCGAGAAGCCGGUCGACUCCCAACCAGCACCCGAGGUUAUAAAGCAGGUUUUUGAGUCUCUGAAGAAGCUCGAGCACAGCUACGCCUCCAUCAACAGUAGGCUGUCGAAUAUCAAAGAAGGCACCGCGGAAGCGACUGCCGAAGGAGCCAAAGCAGGUUCUGGGAAGAAGGGAGAAUUGGACGCAUUCGUGGCGAAACAGAGCGAUAAGUUGGGUGGGAAGCUCAAGAUGAUUUCUGGCACUCUGGACGUUCUGAAGAGCGUCUUGCGCUCGCAGUCAAUACCCCUCGACCACCUCGCAAAGAGGCCAAGUGCCACGAAAUCGUCGGGCACCACAUCAGGUGACGCUGCUAGGCCCAAAGGCCAAUCUCGGCAAGCUCAAUCUCAGUCCGCACCGCGUGGAAAGGCCAGGAAGGAUGAGAUGCGGGUAAAGGUGCGAAAGGUUCUGCUUGGUGAGGAACGAAAGCCGAUACCUCAAGAUCCAAUGAAAACCUCGUGGACGUCACUUGAGAAUCGCCUCACUGGCGUUGACAAGGCUCCACUAGUUUUGGCGGCAGCGGCCGCUGGUACAUCAGCUCUUGGUGCAGCUCGUUCUGCCGCCGACACAGCGACCGACGCAACGGCUGCGAACGAGACAGCGAAGAACGACAGCGAAGCACCCCCAACCAAGCCCAAGAGGACCAAGAAAUCCGAAAAGCCUCUUGUCAAUGUGAAGAGAGUGCAUGCGGAGAGUCUUCGCUUAGUGCCCGUCGAAAUACCAGACACUCCCGAGGUGCCAAAACUCGCUUACGGCCUGGACAGAGUCUUGUUCAACCCUGGAGUAUACCAUAUGCAGGAUCCCCGCUCGCGAGUCUUCAACUUUGAUCCUUACCUCGGCGAUAUUAUGCCGAUCAGCGAGUUUGACUUCAAUGCGCUCCAGAAAUAUGUCACCUCUUCAAAGGAUAACACCUUGAUCUCGCUUGCGGCCAAGCUGGGUAGGAAGUACACCGGCUCAACAUCAAGCAUGACUCAAACGCUGUCCCAUUUCCACUUCUUGCUUUCUGCGUGGCGGCCUAUCAACCCUGACAACAUGAGUCGCCAGUUCACGCCCGAGUAUUCGAGUUUCACUGCCAUCUCUCGUGCGCCAGCUGCCUCCUUCCUCCAUUUCAAUGAAGGUGUGUACGCAAUAGAUGCAGACAAGGAGUACGACUCUGCCAGUAUUCUGAGUAUGCUCGGAAAGUCAAUGGAGAAGCAGUUGACGCUGCCGCGAGAAGAGUUCGAAAAGUAUCGCCGUGCCAAUUCCGAUCAGAUCACCGAGGAGGAGCGUAAUGCUGCAGAAGCCUUCCAUUACACCACCAUGGGCGAUUUCCUUAUGCGUUCUCAACUGGAUGCGUAUGAUCCAAGGUUACCAGGAUCUGGAAUGUUUGAUCUGAAGACAAGAGCUGUAGUCUCGAUCCGCAUGGACGCUCAGCAAUUCCACAAAGGACUUGGCUAUGAGAUCCGCCGCCGUUAUGGCCAGUGGGAGUCUUUCGAGCGCGAAUACUUCGACAUGAUCAGAUCUGCAUUCCUCAAGUAUUCCUUGCAAGUGCGAAUGGGCCGUAUGGAUGGAAUCUUCGUUGCCUUCCAUAACACACAACGCAUCUUCGGUUUCCAGUACAUUCCAAUCAACGAGAUGGACCAAGCCAUUCACGGAACCUUUUACCGAAAUCUCGGCGACCAAGAAUUCAAGCUCAGCCUUCACCUUCUGAACAAGGUCCUCGAUCGCGCGACAGAACGAUUCCCUGGCCGAUCCAUCCGACUUCAUGUGGAAACGCGACCUACCGACCCUCCUUUUAUGUACGUUUUCGCAAAGCCUGUUACAAAGGAAGACAUCGACAAGGUCCAAACGCGCAACCAAGCUGCUGUCAGAGAGUUCGAGGAGCAGAUCCUUGGGAUGGCCUCAGAGGAGUCAUCGGAACCCGAGAUGCAAGACUCGGAAGUCGAGCGAUCAGUUGGCCAAGAAGAAGACGAGGAAGCUGUUAGCGUCGAUGUGUCCAGUCCAGAGUCUAGUAGCCAAGUAUGGCAGACGCAAGCAUUCUGGGAAGAAAUGCAGGAGAAGGUCAAUGAGGCAGUGGAAGACGAUGCCCUCGGCAUUGGCCAUGUACGAGAGGCAAUUCACGACGCACUGGAGCAAAGUGCAUUGCUGAAGGCGAGAACACCUGAAGAAGCUCGCUGGUAUGUCGACGGCCUUUUGGAGGCCCUUACGCGUAACCAAGCCAGCGAGGCACAGGAUAUUGAUGGAAAGGACGACCAGACAGAUGCGAUGUCUGCGAGCGACAUUGACACCCCAUCGGCCGAUGUUACUCAAGCUUUGGAAUCGAGCACAGCGCAAGAAGCUGUGCCAGCCGCUAGCGAGGGAACUGAGUCGGUUCAAGAGACAGACAAAGGGUCAUCACUACAGCGCAGCUCUCGGAAUCUCGGUCUGAAGGAGUUGAUUCUCCGCGUUGCUUCAAAUGUCGACGAGAAUCUCGACGUGGAGGAAACCACCGACAUUCCUGAAGACGACGCUACUUCCGAUGUCUCCAAACUCCGAACGUUCGAGCGUAUUCUCUCUAAGCUGGUUGCCGAGUCGAAGCAGUCGGAAAUCAAGACGAACCCUCAGGCUUCAGAGAUGGAGGAAGCAACGACUGAAAUGUUUGACGAUCUUAAUCCCAGUAUCAGCCAGACGGCAGCCUCAACCGAGUCUCCCAAGGAUUCUGAGGGCAAAGAAACCCAAGUAGACGAGACCCCUGAGCUUGAUAUCGUUGAUAACGAGCUCCUUGGAAUGGUCUUGACUGUGCGGAACAGGGUAAAUGGAGAAUACGCCCCGCGGCCCGAUCCCAAGGCUGGCGUUUCGGGGUGGACCGUGGAGUAUUCCAUUGAAGAACUUCCCGCGGGUCGUGCCGAGCAUCUGUAUAAAGCAGUUCAGGUGCGACGCAAGAAGGCGCUUUCAAACGACAAGGAUGCGAAAGGGCCUGACCCGUGGUACCAGAUGUUUUCUGGCAAGCUGGAGCAGAUGAGCAAGAGGGGCAGGAAAUUCCGUGCGAAAAUGGAAGAGACGGCCAAGGAGCACCCCGUCCAUGUUUUCGGCAUGGAUGAUCCCGUUACCUAUGAUGAGGCUUUCGGGCACAGGGCACAGUGGAAGACGGUAUCUUGGGAUGAAACGACAGACGAGCUGCGAGAAGACGAUUUGGAUGAGGAGACCUUGAAGGAAGAUAUCUUCCAGGAGAACAAGUUGAAUGAAGCCGAGCUGAAGGAGAGCCAGCCGAAGGAGGACGAACCGAAGAAGAAUGAGCCGCAAGAGAGCGAGCCAAAAAAGGAAGAGCUGCAAGAGGACAAGCCGCGAGACUCAUAA